AUGUUAUGUACACGUCGUGGCGGGAACUGCUCAUUUAAUGAGAGCAUUCAGGUUACAAGACCAAAAAAAAAGCCUUCGGAGCCACAAAUUCACUUUUAUGUUCCUAAGGUGAAGCAAAACGAUACAGAUGUUGUCCGUGAGAUUGAUGAAGAUUGUCGAGGAGAGAAGGAAAUGUCUAAUACAAAUGAAGCACAUCGAGACGUUACCUCUGCAGAAGAUGAUAAUGAUUCUGUAAGGCCUACAGAACUCACCGACUCUAUAAACUAUUCCACUCAGAUGAAAUCUGUGGGUCGUAAUUCUUCUUCAGAAGCAAUAGAUGUAUGCACGACCACUGUGAACUCCAUUGAUUCUGGAGUACCUCUUGGUGCUUCAGAAAGUCUCUUGAGCACAUCAGAGUAUAUUCCCAACCUUGAGAAUCAGCCACCUGUCACACCUAUCCAAUCAUAUGAGUUUGAUUUACCGCUUACAAUUGAUAUGUGGAAUAUCAUGUUUCAGGAUCUUCAGAAUGAUUCAUUACACGUUGAUAUGAAAAAUACUCGACUGUCCAGUAAGGCCGAAGCGAAUAGCCAAGUCAGCACUGUUUCUUCUCCUUUUUCUUCUUCAGUAACCAAGGCUGGUUCCUCUGCUCUUGCUCCAACGAUUACUGUAGGGGAUAUUCAGCAGCUUCCAAGUUUUCAUCUUCAAAGCCAAGGAAUAAAUCGUUUUGGAGUCUGCUCACUUCAGCAAAUUCGUAAAUACAUUAAAGGUUCAGUUGAUGCUGACGAAGCAAUCAAAGUUCAAUAUCUUACGGAAAACUCUUACAUGGAUCCUUAUAUUUAUACAAAGCUUGCCCAUGAAGACGAAGGCCCUGUAGAAGGGGAAUUCAGCGGUGGAGAAUUUCCAGUUCCUACAUCACGGAGAAGUCCCACUUCAAGGCUGGGUUCUUUCUCACAAAUGGACCUUUCUGGGGUUUCAUCGGCAUCAGAUGAAUCAGUUUUCUAUAGAAAGCUUGUUGAGCAGACACCUGAUAAUAUACAUUCAACUGGUUCUUCAAUACUUCUUGUGCGUAACGAUCCCGGAAUGUCUCGUCAGGAUGUGGCUACUAAGGAAAAGAUUCGUGCUCUAAUCGGAAGUUUUGGGCCUCGUCUUCUUCUUAUCUAUUUUAGAUACAUCAAUCCUUUCUUACCGCUUUUUUCCAGGGGCCUCUUCUACUUUGGUACCAACCAAAAUAUGUUGGAGUUCCAUAAUUCGCUUCUUGCUACCCUCCUCACGUUGGGUAUGGAUUAUUGGGCAAUUGAUCCUGUCCUUCAGCAAUACACUCCACCCUCAGAUAUUACGUUAUUCAAGAUUGCACGAUCCGCCAUGAUGGAAGAGCAGGAAAUGCCAAAUUAUUCUUCUCUUCAGGCUUGCAUUCUUUUAUCCCAAAAACGACCAGUUGAUCUUUCAAAACCGGAUACUCCCUUUGUGUGGACUGUUCUCGGCAUGGCAGCUUCUUUGGCUGAGACUAUGGGCUAUAAUCAUGAAUGUCUCGAAUGGCAUAUUCCAAGCUGGGAUAAAAGAUUACGCAGAAGAAUUUGGUGGUGUUUUCUUGUUCAGGACACGUGGUUUGCUGCAUGUUAUGGGCUUCCACUACAUAUCGCUAGCCGCUACUGGCAUGUGAGUCCCUUAACUCCAAAUGACUUUGAGUCAUAUAGCAUGAAUGAAAGAGAUUCUGAAAACUUCAAGCUUUCGGUAGUGAGUUUUUGCUUCAUGGUCAAUAUAUCAUCACUUGUGGCCACAAUUUGUGAUGAGUUUUUAUACUCACAUAUGUCCUCCUUUUCUUUUGAGACUAUAUAUCGUAUGGGAUGGCAAUUGCUAGAUAAGGUUACAGCGAUGGAAGAAGACUCUCCUCGAAGCUUACAAGUUUCUUCACAAAUCACUGGGCAGAUUGCAUGGGCCAAUGCAUCAAUACAGCUGGCCAUUCAGGCUGCUAAAUUGAUUAUUCUUCGUCAUUUGCUUCAUAAACUGAAAGCAUCCGAUGAAAGAUCACAGCAUAGAUACAGAGAUUCGAUAUUCGAUUCGUCUCUGGAUUGCCUACGCAGCAUAUUGUGCCUUGUGGGUAAAAUCAAGGCUGAUCAUUUUCAAUAUUUUUGGUAUUCGUGGUCAAGAUUGAAUUUUGCUCUGGCUGCAAACUUCUUCUUGCUCGUUUACUCCCUAGUUGAAUCUGCCCAAGAAAGGGAUACUGUUAAGGGUCUUCUGGAUAACUAUAGGUGGUGGUUGAGAUGCAAUAAUUCUUCAUUUUCUGAUCUCUCAUUGGCAUUGGCAGUUUUGGAUAGAGCAUAUGCGGAAGGAUUGGAGAGAAUAGCAAGAUAG